UCAAAGGCAAAGCGAUUUGAAACAUUUUUUUAAAGCAUGUUUGGUCUCAUUGUAGCAGGACGUCUAGUUCAGACAGAUGUGACACAGGUGUCAGAGAACCAGUUUUUAUUCAACAUCCCAGAUGCAGACGACAUAAAUCACUUGGUGAUCUUUCUGACUGGGCAGAUUCCAUUCCCUGAUGGCUUUGGUGCAGCAGUGUAUUUUUCCUUCCCUAAUCCACAAGGACAAUCCUGGGCCCUACUGGGGCAUAUUACCAACACAAAACCAAGUGCAAUAUUCAAAAUUACCAACAUCAAGAAAAGUUCUAUGAUAAAUGAGAACCCAUUUUCUGAAACCAUGCCACAUGUUUCUCACAUGGGUCAGGUGGGAAUUUCUGUGGAGCCCCUCAGUCAGCUGGCUCAGCAGACCCCGGAGGCUGGAACUAGUGUCUCCAAAGUAGACUCAUUUGUGGAAUUCUCACAGAAAAUGCUGGAAAAUUUCUUCAAUUAUGCGACUUCAUUUGCCGUCACACAGUCUCAGAUGACCCCCAAUCCUUCCGAGGCGUACGUCACAUUGAAUGUUGUCCAGAACUGGUUCCAAAAUUUUCAGCGUAGGUUGCAGCAAAACCCCUAUUUCUGGAGGCAAUGAGUGGGAAUGCAUGAAUGAUCAAUGUAUUGAAUUGUGUGCCUUGAUUAUUUUACUUUUUCGUCAGGGUUGAAUGGAUCAGUAUUUUUUUGCACCAUCUAGUAACUUCGUUUGUCACAUCUGACAGACACUGUGCCAUGUAGAGUAAACCAGUUAACCUUCUAGUGCUAUUAUAUAUUAUGAUGUUGCAGACACUGUAAAAUAAGAAUUGGAAUACUGUAUUGUACAUGAAGCAACCUAUGGCAUUCUUGAUCAGUGUAGUAUUUGUUUACAUGUCACUAUGCAGUGUGUUCAGUAUAUGCACCAAGUCUUACAUGUAAGAAUGUCAGUGUAAAACCAGAACCGACUUUAAAAGGUAGAAUUAUUCUGUACGUGCGAUUUAGAUAUUGUACUGUGCUUCCUCUUUAUUCUACCCUUCUUUUCACAGGCCUCGUGCUGAGUCAUUUCCUUUGUCUGUAUAUUUGAAUGAGGAUUACUUUUUAAGUUUUGUGGGUAGAACCAAAACCAUGGAAAAUAAUAUUGCAUUUAAAGUAUGAAGCAAAAAAUAAAUUUUUGAGAUAUAAGCAUAUAUACUUUUAUAAAGUAAUUUAUGUACAUAUAAAUUGUUCUAGUGCUUUGUGAAGUAACAUCCCCUGUGAUGUAGACUCAUUGUGACUAUAGUGGGCAACUGUAACCAUGAUGUACAUGGAGAUUGCACUUUCAGAGUGCAUACAUACAAGUAAUCUAUGUACAUAAUAAAAUUCCAAAAACUGUCAGCCAAGAUUACUCAUAUAAUUGAAAAAAAAAAAUGGACAAAAAUUUUUUUAUGACUAACAUAUAUGCAAUUAAGAUAACUUUGUACAGAAGGAAGUAAUUAAAUUGCCAGGGAACUAGAUGAGAAAGUUACAGAUCACUUCCUUUUGAAAUUAUACUGCAGGUAUACUUCUAUUUUUGUCACUUAGGCUAGAUGUACACUUCAGUUUAUUGCUUCAAAAAUUGUUUAAAUUUCAAUAAUGAUCAAAUUUUAAUUAUUGAGAUUCAAUAAAUAAUGAAAAGUUUUUAUGACAUUCACAAGUGUUCAUUAAGAAAAAGAGUGGUGCCUUUUGUUUUUGCUCUCUUGCCGCAUGUCUUGAGUCAGGUACUGAUGACUGAUCCAGUAAGCUUUGUCAAAUUCUUGGCUCUGUUAUCAAAAAUCAAUCAAAGCAAGACUACUUCUACAGAAUAGAACCAGACAGAAAAUACAACAUACAACAGAAUAGAAAAUACAACAGCGGAGAAUAUUGUGCAUUUAUAAUGAACUUCAAAACAGAAUUGUACGAUUCUCCCUUUCUUUGGUCGUUUAUAUUUUUGUCCUACAGAAUUGAUUUCCUGUUUUUAUCUGUCAUUAAAUGUUGGUCAAAAGUUAGUCUUUAGUACUUGUAAUAUGAAAGGUGUGAUUGACAUUUUUUUUUUUCUGAUUAAGUAAUUGUAAGGUGAUAGACUCAUACAAGGAGUGUUCACAAGUAAAUAGGUCUAUCCUUUGAGAGUUAUCUGAUUCAAUGAUGCUUUAUGUGUACAGAGUUGUGUUCAACCACUAUCUUUAUUAUAUCUUUUAACUUGUACUUGCUUGUUGUAAAAAUUACUGUCUAUAGAAAUGAAGUAUAUAUAUGUACUAUUACUUUAUAGUAUAUUUUGUAUGUGAUAAUCUAAAAUUAAUUUCAAAAUGUUGUUAAAUUUUUUUUUUCCUCACCAGAACCAGAGGCUUAAGUGAGCUUUUUGUAUCCGAGUUUGUCUGGCUUAAGUAUGUUUGUCAUUAUAUGUAUGAGCUUUUCACACUUUUUCUCUAGAAUCUCAAGCUCAAUUUUAACCAAACUAGUUUUGAGCCAGGGAGAUUCAAGUUUACUAAACCAGAGACCAACAAACAAUGGGGAAAUCAUUAAUAAGGAGUGGCACAUAUUGGGCAGUGUGUUACAAUGUGAAAUGUAAUAACAACACAAAAUGUAAAAAUCACUAUUAUUACAUUUCGCCUUAUUACAUUUUGUGCCAAGAUCAACACAGAAUGUAAUAACGCAACAUGUUAUAACAGACUUUUAGGAUUAAUAUGUUUUGCGUUAUUACAUUUUGUGUCAAGAUUAAUGCAAAAUGUAAUAACGCAAAAUGUAAUAAUCCAAAAAUCGUGUUAUUACAUUUUCCAUUAUUACAUUCUGCAUUGAACUCAACACAAAAUAAAAUAGCACAAAAUGUAAUAAAUUCUGCCUUGAAUUCAACACAAAAUGUAAUAACACAAAAUGUAAUAAACUUAAAAGGUAUAUUUUAACAUUUUGUGUUAUAACAUUCUGCAUUGAUAUCGACGCAAAAUGUAAAAAUCCCAGUUACAUUUUGCAUUAUUACAUUUUGCAUUGUAACAGUGGUGUCAUUUAGAUACUUUUUUUCUCCAUGUAGUGUAGAUUCCAGUUUGUUCAGAUCAAAACUCAAAAAUCAGAUAAAACCAAAUCAGAUUUUGAUGAGGGACAUGAAUGGGUUAAUUUUUUGCAAAGGUGCAUGAAUUGAUUUUAAAAAAAAACAAAAAACUUUCAUUCGAGAACAGUUGGAGUACAUUAGACAAAUUUAUGCAGAUCUAACAUGUCAUGACUAAUGGGACUAGGUCAUAACAUGGAUUUGAAUUUUUACAUGGAAAUGAUAAUACAUAUGACAGUCUUUUAAAAAAAAUCUUUUUUCUGCAGAACAUAAUUAGUAAUUACCUAUAGGCAAGUAUCCCUUUAUAAUGCAGAUUUAAAUUUUAUUCUUUAUCAUAAUCCAGAGGGUUCAGUGAUUGGGUUCAAUAGUUUUAUGAAGGAAUAUAAUGUCUCAUUGCAAAGGUAUUAUUCAGGUAAAUCUCCAAGGAUUGUAGCCAUGGAUCUCUGGUUUAAAAUUUGUUGCCAGGCUUAUUAUAGUUGAUUUCUAGACAUGUGGUGUAUUCCUUAAUAUUUGUGUUGAAUUUUUUUUUAUUCAUGGAAAAAUGACCAGGAUCAAAAUUGACUAAAUAAGUACAAGAAAAUUUGUUGCAUUUUGUAGUGAUUUAUAUGUAAAUUGGAUAAGAAUUGUACUUUAACAAUGUUCUUUAUAAAUUUAUGUAAAUCUGAAGGAGCUUUUAUAGGCCUAUGUUUGAUAUACAUUAAUGAUAAUGUAAGAAGUCGUACAAACUAAUCUUUGACAUUGAUGGAAUAAAAAUAAAUCCUGAUUUUAUAGAA